AUUUUUCUUCGAUUCGCCAAAUUUAUAGACCAGGAUGUGCUUUAAUGUAUUGAAUCAAAUAAAAGUAUUACUUCUCAAUUAGACAAACUCACUGAAUAAGUAAGACAAGUCCAAAGAGUGCUAUCGUUUUUGCGUAUUAUUUCACUUCCGCUAUACCGCUCUAACCGGAAGUGGUCUAUGUUGGCUCGGAGUAUUCUGCUAUCUAUCACUACUCCACCAUUACUUAUCAAUGGCAAACAUAGCAAUUCAACGAAUUCAAAGAGAAUUCAAAGAGGUUGUUAAAAGUGAAGAGGUAGCAAAAUGCAGUAUAAAAGUGGAACUAUUAAAUGACUCGUACACAGAGCUGAAGGGAGAGAUUGCUGGUCCUCCAGAUACUCCCUACGAAGGAGGCACAUUUAUCCUGGAAAUCAAAAUACCAGAAACCUACCCAUUUAACCCUCCAAAGGUGAAAUUUCUGACCAGAAUAUGGCAUCCUAACAUAAGUUCUGUGACGGGAGCAAUUUGUCUUGAUAUAUUAAAAGAUCAAUGGGCUGCGGCCAUGACACUGAGGACAGUGUUACUAUCCCUCCAGGCGUUACUAUCAGCAGCAGAACCUGACGAUCCACAGGAUGCAGUGGUAGCCAGACAGUACAAAGAGGCUAAUGAUAUCUUUAAAAAGACUGCUUCUCAUUGGACGAAUAAAUAUGCAGGAGGCCCAAAUUGUGAUAAAGAUUAUGAAGAUAAAGUAACACAAUUACAAAGUAUGGGAUUUGAUGAACAUAAAGCUCGAGUUUCUUUGUCAACUUGCAAUUGGAAUGUGGAGCGUGCGACAGAAAAUCUGCUUAGCUAAGGAUAGUAUUGAUUAAAGACAGCUUAUAAAGUUUAGUAUGUAUCUAACGUUAUGUGUGUACAACGACUGUACACGGGAGGUCACCAUUAAUCUGUGGCAGUGGCCAAUAACCUGUGGUGGCCAGUGGCACACAGUGGCACAUAGUGGCACUUCCUGUGUUUAGUGUGUGAGGAAGGGAAAGUAAGAUGUGUUUUAAUUGAAAGCUGUGAUGAAUGGAAGAUUUAAACUGAAAGAUAUUGUCUGUUAACUUAGCUUUUUUUUUACAAAUUCUUUCAAAUAAAAAAAUAUCUAUACUCGUUAUAUACAUGUCAACAUCAUAAAGUCAGAAUUCCUGUGAUGGAUCAAAUGUUCCAUUGAUUUUUCGAAUGUACCUGACAAUAUGUAGCAAUUUGAGCAUUAACUGGAGAACUGACCCCACAAAAGACUGAUUUAAGCAUCAGGAGCUGCACAACUUGUUCUGGGCCCAGUUUUCAACCUUCCAUUGGUGUGGAUAUAGUGUGUAAAAAUAUAUGACACAAAUCUUCAUGGUUUUGAUAGAAAAAAUUGCAGAGCAUUGUUAAAGAAUUUGUGUAUUCCUUGUACAUUGCCUUUGUUGUUUGCAUAGUAUAAGCAAAUGUGUUAUAAAAACUAUAUGCUGUAUUACUAAAAAGUGGAAUUCAAAUCCGGGUAUAAGUUAUCAGUAUAAAACUUGAAAGGCAACAUUU